GCCCCCGCGUCCGCAGCCGCCGCCGGACUCGCUGCUGGACGAGCUGGUGACGCGCAGCGCCGCCUUCCCGCUGCCCUGGCCCGUGCCCGGCGUCCGCUGCGCGCGGCUCCUCCAGAAGCCGGACAUCGACAAGGAGACGCUGGUGCGGAACGUGGACUCCGCGUACCCGGUGAUGCACGAGAAGGUGCUGUACCUGCUGGUGAGCUUCCUGGAGUUCAAGCGGCAGCACGGCUCGGCGCCGGAGCGUUCGCUGUACGCCGACAUGUCGGUGCUCGGCCUGGUCGACCGCCUGCUGCAGCGCCGCGCCGCCGCCUUCUACGGCGACAGGGACGUCUACCUGCUGCAGGAUGGAACCAAGGGCAACGGCGGCUGGGAGCUGGUGGGUACGGACGAGGAGCGGCCGCCCCUGGUGCUGAGCGCCUGCCUCAGCUACGACGAGAUCAAGCUGUCCGCACUGCUCUCCGUUUCCUCGCACUCCGUCUUCACCAACGACGGCUGCCGCAACAAUCGCGGUGCUGAGACAGACGACGUCGGCAGCUUCCAGCGCCACGGAGUCAUCAUCGGGAUCAUUGGCAGCCGCCUCAGGCGCCCCGGCUUCAUGGAGUAUCAGGAAUUAAUUGUAUCUAAAAAACAAAAUGUGGCAGACAAUGGCUAUGGUCAUGAUACCUCAGCAAGCUUGCCAGCAUGCAAGUGGCGGCAGAUAUUUGCAGCUUUCUAUGGAGUCCAGCCUAACUUCCCUCUCUAUGAAGAAGCUUUGGAAAUGCACCAAAAAGAUGUCAAACAAAGUGGAGUGGUGAGAGGCAGUGGUGGUAUUGAUCGCUAUGUGGAGCUGCAGUUAGGGGAUAGAGAUACUCUACUGUUUGACAAUAUGUUGUACCAGCGGCGAAUGUCUGUCAGCUUUGAAACUCUGCUACUGGAAGCUGCAUCUCGUGCUGAGGCUGCUGGAACCACUGCCCUAGUGCACAUUGUGGGAGCAGGCCUUGGAGUAUGGCGCAUUUCAAAGCAUCAGGAACGCCAUUUCCUUGACGCAUUUGCUAGUUGCAUUCAGCGUCUGCUACCAUCACUUUCACAUAUUUCUGAGGUGCGAUUUGCCUGGUUUUCGGAGGGUGCAACACUGCGUGGUGUUGGAGAUGGUGGCCGCGUGGGUCAUGUAAGAGUGCGAUUUUCACAAGCUGAGCCGCAGUCGCGGCUGGUAGACAAUCCUGAGCAGCUGCUUGUAGUUUCAUAUGCAUGGGAUGGCAAUGCGCUGCCAGGGAAUGAAUUUUGGUGUGGCAGCUUGACAUCUUCUGGUGACCCAGCAGCUGCCUGCUGCAGCCAGAUCACUGAGCUUCAUACGGCAAGUAUCAACAGUGACAGAGUCUGCGCUAGAAACCUCCACAUCGCAAGUUCUGUGUGGGGUGUGUUGCAUGUGAGUGAAUACGCACGUCGCAUGCUCAAGGCAACCACUAGUGGAGGUGGACAGCCACCGGACAGUGACUAGAAAGAAGGAACAUCACACCUCCAUAACAUGUGAUUUGAAAUUACAUGUAAAUAUUACUGUUCCCAUCAGUCCUUGGAGUAUUAUUACAACAGGAGAUGAAUAAUUUCAUGGAUUAAUUUAACUUAUUGUGAACUGUGGGAGGCACCUGCAACAGCAAGACUAGAGAGAUUUUGGCAGAGGAUUUUUCUGUACUUAUUUCAUAAAGCAAGGGAAUAGAUUUUUGCCUCAAAGUGAUUGAAGUGUGAAUAAUAUACUCAUAAUUUUUACCCUAGGUGUUGCCUUCCAAUGUUUAAAGCUGUAAUGUGGGAGACAAGUUUCGUGAUGAUAUUAGAAAUGUUGUCAAGAGUAAAGGAUUGCAGAUUUGGAUAGACAGAGCUUUAUUUCAUUCCAAAAUAGCCACUGUCAUUGCAAGCAUACUGAGUUUAUACUGUUCCAUGAGAUUAACUAUUAGAGAGAAUUUAUGCAGAAUAAAAAUUGAUGGUUUUAAAGAAAAUAGUAUGUAAGCUUAAGGAAUUUUAAUGUUGAGAUCAUCAUAAAAAUAUGUAUGAUCAUUUUGCUUGUGUAUGAGCCAUUUUAAUUUAGUUCAAGUUAGGAUAUUCCUAUUACUCAUUAGCUGCCUAUAGAUAUCUUUUCUUUACUUUUGAAACCUCUCAUGUGAGGCAAGAUCAACUGGAUUAACUGUUGGGAGCCUGACUGUAUAAGAAAGUAAAUAGAGCAUUUUUAGUGCUAGUUGUUACGUCCACUGGGGUACUGGAUAUCAGUCAGGUAAUAUAAAGAUGUGUUCUUUGCUGCAGAUUAAAAUUGUACUGUGUGUGUGUGUUUUCAUAAGACUGAAACAGCACAAAAGAAUUUAUUGACUGUUAAAUCUGGCUUCAUGAUCAUGGUUACUCUCUAGAAAACUUAGAUUUGCUAUUCUUUGUUAGCAGUCUAGUAAUAACACGAGUGUCUGUAUCUUGCAGAUUGUAAGGAGAGUUCAUGCUGCUGGAUGCUAGAUUCUGUAUCUUACAGAUGGGUGUGACUUGAAGAAAGAGGAUUUUUAUAAAAACAAAUUGAGGACAAACAUAACUUAAAUUUAUCCUGUUUUUUAAUUGUUAGAGCUCCCUUUUUCAUCAUCUUACAUAACCACAAUCUUAUAAAAAGAAAACUGGAUUAAUAAGAAGUGAUCAAAUUACAAAAUAUAGUGACUAAACAGUUACAGUAGCAUAAUGCCUUUUUGCCAUGACUGGUUUCAGUGAAUGUUUAGUCGUUGUGAGCACGUUCAAUCAGCAGACCAUCAUCAGACAGAUCUGAAGCAUCAGUAAUUAGGGCAUCGAGGUAAUACUGAAACAUAUCCCUCAACUGUUGAGCAGAGACUUCUGCUGCACCAAGUAAAUGUGACUGAGACAAUUUUUUACAAAUUACUAAGUAGUCAUCACCAGCUUCCCAUGAAAUGUCCUACCUUUAAUGAGUUGUGGUGAAUGAAGUCUCUCUAGAAUAAGUAUUCCUGAAGCACACAGUUGCAUACAAAUGUACUAGUUAAAGAUGCAGAAUCUGCACUAGACACUGUGAGUCCAUGCUCCUCAGACUCAAUAUGUGUGGAAGAAACUGUAAUUCCCCUAUUUUUUGAAAUGUAGUUUUUCAAUUAAUAAAAUUACACAGUGACUGCACUGAAUUACUGUUGUGAUUGUUGCAGCAAUCAUAUUCAGAUUAUAAUUACUAGCAUGUCAGUAUAUUAACAAGUUAUUACAUGUUCAGGUGCAAAACUGAAUUCGAUACAAUGGAAUAACUGUGUGAUUUUGUUGACUGAAUAAACAUAAAAGUGGUAUAUCUUUUCAGCACAACACAGUACAUUGCUCUCCAAAAAUUUCCUGUUGUAUGUGUAUGCUGUUAUAUGCUUCAUAACUAUUCUAGAAGUACGCUCAUUGUUCAGAUAUUCAUUAAAAGUAACAUUUUGUGGAAACCUGAUUAUGAGCAGUCACUACUCGAAAGAGGUCAUGGCAAUACUGGAUUGUGCAAUUAGAACUGCUUUUAAAUUACAACAGACUUCUACACUUAAUGAUAUGUCCUUGCAUCUUAUAGUAAUCAUGGAAAAAACAGUUAAUUAUAGAAAUAAAAUUUGUAUAUAUUUACUGGAUGAACCAUGGAAGCAAUGUGAGUCUGUUCAAAUGAAUCCUUAGUUAAAAUACAGCUUCUAUUCCUUUCCGAUACCAAAAUGUUCAUGUUGUUGCCUGCUGGUUUUUAGUAAAAACUGAACAGAUUAUUUUCAGUCGCUGGUUUUCUCAUCCUCACAGGGAUGAGGAAUGGAGGAGUAAUAGCCUGCAGGCAUAAACAUUACUGAUUAAAAAAGUUAUGGUUUCUGUCAUGGGAUUAUCUAACAUUUAACAGUGUAAAAUGGUAGGGAUACAGAGCUAAACUGAAUGUGUAAGAGUUUCUGUCACUGGACAUGAAAACAUUUUCAUUUGGUGCCACUUGUUGUCAACAAAAGAAUUUUUUCUGUUGAAAAAUUGCAGUUUUAACUAUAGUGCUUUACAUCAUUUAUCUCAAAUUUAACAAGACAUGUUAUUUGAACGAUAGUCAUCAUGCUGAAGAAUUUUAAAUGGCUUAGCUAUUACUUUGAUGAGGGUACCCAAAUGUAUCUAGUAAUAUGGAAGUUCUUUUUACAUGAGUAAUAUUAUUUUAAUAUGUGGUGACCAUUCCUGUAUUUUGUUAAAAAUAUAUUUCAUUGUGAACUAAAAUAAAAUGUUUAUAGCUUUUAGUCUUUCUACUGUAUGGUGCUCUUUGAUUAUUCAUGUUUGCAACCACUGCUUGGAACUAGUGCCUUUGCUUGCUUUACGAUGGAGGAAUCUAAUUUAUAUACUGUAAGUUACUUUAUGUGAAUUAUUGUGUAAUGUCGUUAUAGUUGUCUGAUACUGACAGCUUCAUAUCAUCAUCUUGCCUCAACUUCUGAUAUAUUCAUGCCAAAGAAUUACAGUAUUGUUCUUUCAUGCAUGAUUUCUCUGUUUUGAGAUAGUAUCACCUGGAGUUACUAUCCAUGACUAUACUGCACUUGUCCAAAUUUUUUUAGUAACUAUUUUUCCGUGUUACACAAUACGAACUAUAUUUCAUUGAACUGUUUUGUAUGAUAAACUGUAGAUACCAUUAUGUAUUUGUAAAGGCUUUAUUUAAUGUUUGUGUCUAAUUUGUCUCUUUUUUUAUAUAAAAAGAAUUCACUUUUGACCAUUCAUGACAAUUUAUGAAGUUUAAAUGUUGUAGGAAAGUUCUUGUAGAAUGUAGAACAUAAAUACUUUUGGAUUGGAGGAGACCACUCAUUGAAAAGCAGAUGCAUUGAGUUAUCCAUAGACACACACACACAAAAGAAAGAAAUCUUUGGUAGCUUUUGGAGAUAUUGAUGUUCUUUGACAAGCUAGAAUAAAAGACACACACACACACACACACACACACACACACACACACACACACACACACAGAGAGAGAGAGAGAGAGAGAGAGAGAGAGAGAGAGAGAGAGAGCCACUA